UAUUGAGCUAGCGCGAGGCUGUCUACAUAUGGAUAGAGAAGACAGGAGAAAGGCGAGACUGUAGGAUUCCAGAAUCCAGACUGACUUGACUGCUGCUUAACAAUACAGAUACUGACCCAAUCAACCAAUUAACCAAUCAACGAGUUCCAGACCACAGCUAAGCCCCGCCCAGUGACCAGGAUGGCUAAAGGCACUCCAGGGAAGCCCAAAGGCAAGAUGUCCUCCUACGCCUACUUCGUUCAGACCUGCCGUGAGGAGCACAAGAAGAAGACUCCUGAGAUACCUGUCAACUUCGCUGAGUUCUCCAAGAAGUGCUCCGGAAGAUGGAAGACGAUGUCUGGUAAGGAGAAGGGGAAGUUUGACGACAUGGCGAAGCAGGAUAAGGUGCGUUACGACAACGAGAUGAUGCACUUCGCCCCUGGAGGCAAGAAGGGAAGGAAGAAGGACCCCAACGCACCAAAGAGGCCCUCCUCUGGUUUCUUCAUCUUCUGUGCGGACCACCGGCCCAAGAUCAAGGCCCAGCACCCCAGCCUGGGCAUCGGGGAUGUGGCCAAGAAACUGGGGGAGCAAUGGAACAAUCUGACUGAUGCCACCAAACAGCCCUACCUGAUCAAGGCCAACAAACUCAAAGACAAAUACCAGAAGGACGUUGCUGACUAUAAGUCCGGUAAGGGCAAGGUGGUAGUUCCGAGCAUGGCAAUGGCCCCAAAGCCCAUGACGAAGAGUAAUAUGGACGACGAUGAUGAUGACGACGAUGAGGAAGACGAGGAGGAGGAGGAUGAGGAGGAGGAUGACGAGUAGAUCGCCUGAGUUGUGUUUUUUUGUGUUUUAUUAUGCUGGUGACGAUAAUGAUGAUUAUUAAGUCAUGUGUUUUCCUUUCCAGUUUGAAAUGCGAUUUGUAGGGGUUAAGAAGAAACACAGGUGAUAUCUUUUCAUGUUCCUUAAUGACAUUGCUCCGCGCCCUUCCUUCCCUCCUUCAUUCUAUUCCCUCCUUCCACCUCUUUGUUGUUUUGACGUCGUCAUUAUGUUCAUUUUGUGUUAACUGCUUCUGUAAAGUUCUCUUUGUACAUUGUGUCAAGUUAAGAUGUUGAGACUGUACGUUACUAUGGCAACUGUGAUUGAACUCGAAGUAGACCCCUAAUAACCCCCACCCCACCCCCAACAGCUGUGUGUGUGUGUGUGUGCUCAUGCUCGUGUGUGUGUGUGUUUGUGUUACCGUGUCCAUCUCACCAGCACUGUCCAGUGUCUUCCUCAAAACCCGCCUAGCAUUGUCUCUUUAACAGGCUCUAUAUCGAUUCAACGGAGAAGCAUUUAAAACCAGUGGUAGCAUUGCAGUAUAUAUAAACACCUUUUUGUUUCUGGGAUUCGUCCCAAAUUACACCCUAUUCCUUAUCUAGUGCACUACUUUUGACUAGGGCCAAUAAGGAAUCCCAUGGAGCUCUGGUUAAAAGUAGUGCACUAUAUAGGGAAUAGGGCGCCAUCUGGGACUUUGUUUUUAAAAAGAAUGUGCAAGGUGUUGUUUUACUGUAUAUGGUUGAAUUAGACUUUAGUCCAUGUUUAUUUUUUUAUAUUUUUUUUGUAAUGAUUAUUUUUCUGAGACCUCCAGAUGUAAGGUGAUUUCUGAUUGCACAUAUCUAGUAGGGGUGGUGUUGUUGUAUCUAGGUGGCUGUUUGUGUAGCUGUGUGUUGGUUGUUGCACCAGGAAGUGUUGCCAUGGUGAAACUAACUCCCAGUUCAACAGCCUCCCAUGUAAACGAACAGUAGUGGCUGGUUAGCUAGUGUAUGCUGGCCAACAGUCAUUUAAUACUAUGGUUCAGGGUCAUUUAGUAACUUUCACUACAGUCACAUUUUCACUUAGUCAUGCAUUGUUGUCAAUGGGAGACAAAGUGAAAAUUUGACUUAAGUGAAAGUUAAGAUUCGCUCCUUUGAAACCGAGGAGGAUGGAAAACAUCCAAACAACAGUAUAUAAUGGAAACUAUAAUUUCCUUUUUGGCUAAGUGCAUUUUAACCGUUCGUUGUUGUAAGAUCUCUCAUGAAAAACGAAAAACGACACUGAGUGAAAAAGCACGACUAUUGAAGAAAAUAAACCUGUACUUAUCUGUAUCUAAGAUUUUCUUUUUUGUAUGUUUAGAAAAAGCUAUGUUUGGAAUGAUUAUUAAAGUAUGACAUUUUUACA